UGCGAGCUGCACUUUUAUCUUAACUUUAUUUAAAGUUAUCGUGUCUCUUUUGAUUGGCGCCACACCAAAAUGUACAUAUCUGCUCAGAUAUGUCUUCUGCUGCUGAGUCUUCAAACACUGACUAUGUCUGCUGCUGCCAGAAGACAUAGGAGAAAUGUGCUUUUCAUCAUGGCAGAUGAUCUGCGGACAUCGCUGGGCUGCUAUGGGGACUCGGUGGUAAAAUCACCAAACAUUGAUCAACUGGCAUCCAAAAGCCAAGUUUUUCUCAAUGCAUAUGCACAGCAAGCGGUGUGUGCUCCCAGUCGUACAUCGAUGCUAACCAGCCGCAGACCAGACACAACCAGGCUCUACGACUUCAAGUCCUACUGGAGAGUCCACUCUGGAAAUUACACAACUCUGCCACAGUACUUUAAAUCUAGAGGGUACUUCACCAUGUCUGUGGGCAAGGUGUUUCACCCAGGCAUCGCCUCUAACCACACUGAUGACUACCCAUACAGCUGGUCGCUCCCUGCCUACCAUCCUGCUUCAUUCAGAUUUGAGAAAGAAAAGAUGUGUAAAGGAGAGGACGGCAAACUGCACGCCAACUUACUGUGUGCUGUGAACGUGACCGAGCAGCCUGGGGGAACCCUCCCCGACAUGGAGAGCGCAGACGAGGCGGUGAGGUUACUGAAGACUCGCGUCAACGAUGAGGCUCCUUUCUUCCUGGCUGUGGGCUUUCACAAACCGCACAUUCCCUUCAGGAUACCAGAGGAGUACCUGAGCCUAUAUCCCAUCGAUCAAAUGACUCUGGCCCCCUACCCUGAUGUUCCCAAACUCCUUCCACCUGUCGCCUACAACCCCUUUAUGGAUGUGAGGAAGAGAGACGACGUCCAAAAACUCAACAUUAGCUUCCCCUACGGACCAGUCCCUAAAGACUUCCAACUGCGUAUCCGUCAGCACUACUACGCUGCUGUGUCUUAUAUGGACGCUCAGGUUGGACGGCUGCUGGGCGCUAUUGAUGAGCUGGGACUGGCUGACAGCACCUUGGUGGUGUUCACCUCAGAUCACGGUUGGUCGUUGGGUGAGCACGGCGAAUGGGCAAAAUAUUCAAAUUUUGACGUGGCUACACGUGUCCCUAUGAUCUUCUACGUUCCCGGUGUCACUGCAGUCCAUGGCUCGCUGGAAGGGGCUACUUUUCCCUUUAUUGAUGUCUUAAGGAAAUCAGAGCCCAGCUUUAAGAAUUACAGAAUUAUAAGAAACGUUGUGGAGCUGGUGGAUGUUUUUCCCACCGUCUCCCACAUGGCUGGCCUGAGAUCUCCUGAACCUUGUCCUGAAGUUUCUUUUGAGGAGGAGCUGUGUACAGAGGGAGACAACCUGGCCUACACCUUCAGACACAGAGAAAGAGGAGAGGACGAGGAGGCCAUAUCUUUUAGCCAGUACCCUCGACCUGCUGAUGCACCACAGGUGAAUUCGGAUCUCCCUGACCUUAAAGACCUAAAGGUCAUGGGUUACUCACUACGCUCCUGGGACUAUAGAUACACUCUGUGGCUGGGCUUCAACCCCAAAACAUUCCAGGUGAACGUAUCUGAUGUCCACGCUGGAGAGUUAUACAUGUUAGCAAAUGACCCAGGUCAGGACAAGAAUGUCUAUAAUGACUCUGACCACAGUAUGUUAAUGAGGAAAAUGACCAGUCUGCCUCAUACUGUGAGUGUGCAGAUGAGAAUGAAGCUGCAGCUCCUCUACCUCACAGCAGGGAUGAAAAGCAGUAGAAGGAAGGCGUGAUGACGAGAAUGAAACACAACAGAUGGACAGACAGGGACAAGCACAAAGGGAAGACAGAUGAAUUUAACACACUAAAGAAAGGGAGAAAAACAUUUCUUUUUAAAAAAAAAUAUAAUCUAUACUUGAUUCAUUAAUAAUUGGUAUCAGUAUUAAUCUUUGAGGCUCGGUUCUUCAGGCUGUGGUUCAUGUUGAGAAGUAAUUGGAAGGCAGACGUCAGUUACAACAAGCAAAGUGAAUUUAAAAAAAAAAAAAAAAAACAAUAAUUGUACAGUUUCUUACGAAACAUUUCACCCAUAAUGUGAGUUCAUGUUUGGGUUGCAGUGUAGAAAUUAGUGAUUUUUCACACCUGCCAUUUACCUUCAUGUAAUUAUUGGGUCGAGGAGGUUCCUUCUAAUUUUGAAUGACUACAAUUGUAGCUGUCAGACAUUUCUCAUUAUCUACAGUAGGGAAAAGAAAGUUUGACAUUUUGGGAAAUGUGCUUAUUCACUCAAUUUCCAAGAGUUACAUGAUGAGAUUGAUCUCACCAUGAUGUCUGUAUGCAAAUAUUUGAAGCUAGAGCUAGCAGGUGUUUAGUUUAACAUAAAGACUGUUAGCAGGAGGAAACAGCUAGCAUUGUUUUGUCCAAAGUUAAAAAUAUGUGUUAACCACCAACUCUAAAUUAAGCUAAGUAGCAUGUUUUAUCUUGUUUGGCUAAUACGUACAAGAACAGAAAUGUACAAUGACAAGUUUUCAGAACAUCACCCAGCAUGUACUUCCCUGCUGAGUCACAAUAUGUAGUUUUAACAUUUCUGCUUGAGUAUGGUUUUAUUAGGUGUGAAAAAAUAUGUUAAUUUAAAAUUGAGGCAUUUGUAGGUGGAGCUCUUCUCAAAUUUGGCUAGCUGUUUGUCAUUGCUUUCCCUCUUUAUGCUAAGCUAAUCACCAGCUAGCUCAUAUCAUAUUUAGCACAGAAAUGAGAGUAGCUUAUAUUUUUCAACCUUUCUCAUUGCAAAUUUGUUCCACCCAAACUAUUGAGCUAGAUAUUUAAACAUUUAAUUCACACCACACAGCUGUCCAGCUGAACCCAGUAGUCUUUAUUUUAGCAUGAACUCCUGAAGGAUAGCUAUGAUUAGCUGUGACUUUACUGCUCUCACAAAGAAAUAUUACAUUUUAUAAGCUCUUAUUUCCCAACAAGUCUUUUCAUCCAAGGGAAUAUUGAAAAAAAACCCUGAAGAAUUGACUCACUUGAUUAAUAGUGACAUGAGUUUUUCUCUGUGUGGAAGAAGCGCUCUUCAGUGUACUAUUGAUCAUCUAGUCUGCUUUAAGGAACGUUUCCAGGUGUGGUCUACACUUUGAAGUCAGACAGCUAAAAAGGGACCUGCAUAUUUUUUGUACUGUAGCACUAAACAAUAUGACAUUUCUAUUUGCACUCCAUGUCACUCGGAGCUAUUUGUCUCCCUCAUUGUAAACAGUUCAGUUCAGAUCAAUUUGCGGACCCAAAAUGAAGUGAGUAAAAGCCCACCCAUAAUAAUUCAAUGCAAAUGAAACAGACUGCAGCUACAUUUAGUUUUUUUUUUACUGCUUGUUCCAAUGCGUGAACAUUUUGUGCUCUGGUAAUUUAGAAGAAAGCAAUUUCAGCUUGAAUUUCAGGUCCAACAGUAAAUUGAGGGAUUUGGUCUGUCAACUUUUAUUGUAGGGCUGCACUGUGGCUUCAUGUUAAUGGGAGGCAGCUGAAUCAUGUAAUCAGCGGGGUGCUAUCAUAUGCCAGCAUGCUGAAGCAUUCUUGAGAAAUUGAAUCUGCUCAGCGUUCAAAAUAGGAAAACUGACCAACCACAUCAUCACCUUAAAAGGUAUCCAGAGAACUGUAUGUCUUCCACAUUUGACCUCAUUGCAUUUGUGACAGCUGAUUUGUUUUUCCAGGGGUUUGCUGAUGUCCUGGGGUCCUGUAACAUAUUUAACAUGUCUGGAGCAGUGAAUGCAAUAAGUAAUAAAGUGUCCUUACAGACACCGACGGUGGAAAAUGAGCUUAGUUGCAUCAGUGCAGUUUUCAAGCCUGAGCUCCAAAUUUCUGAAGGGAAAAAUAAAAAAUAAAUGCUGUAGAAAUAAUUCAAAUCUCAAGCUUGGCAAGGACACACUGUU